AUGAAUAUUUCCACUUCCCCCGGACAGAAGACUGCACCUCUUCCACCCAAGGAGGAGGAUGUUUUCAAAGGAUGGACCCUCGAGCAAGUCUACGAACAGCUUCUGGAAUUAGAUCUGAAUCCAGACAGCCCCAAUGCGAACCUCUCCACCCCCAAAGCCGAACCCACUUACAAGCACUACACUGCAACAUGCGAUGAGCAUCUCGUGAAGAUAAAGGAUGUCAUCAUCCAGCGCCUCGGAGUUGUGACACAAGCCCAGGGAUUCGCCGACUACUUGAAGGAGAACGUACCUCCACAGGUGAAAGAGAUGCUCGAGCCGAAGAAUAUCAAGGAGAGGGGCGCAAAUAGCUAUCAUAAACUCGUCUACGAGCUCACACAUGUCUCCAAGACUAUCCACAAGGUUCAGAGUGCCACUCGCUUUUUGCCGGGUAUGAAGGAGAGCUUGGAUGCGCGCCGGCAUCCUGCUAAGUACUGUCCCGUCGCUUACAAGGAGCUCUUGGAUGCCGCGGAUAUCCUGAAGACAAAGAGUGACUUGCUCAAGAAUGAUCUUACUCAGCUCAUGAUGGACUUGAUUGAUGGCAGGAAUGCGCUGCGAGCCGUUGUGCCUUCGGAUGACAUCAAGGCUGCUGCCGGUAGCGAAGAAGAUGAGACUUCCGCGACUGUUGAGAAUACUCUCAGUCCGACCAAUCAGGAAGAGAUUCUUCCGGGCAGCAGUGUACCUUAA